AUCAACAAACGAUUGUCAAACGAAUUUGACAAAGGACGCUACUUGCAUCAGUGAAAAUAUUACAAAAAAUCAAUAAAAAUUAAAUUAAAUUCACUUUGUAACCUAACGAAAACUAUAUGCAAUAGUUUUUGCGGGUUUUAAAUCGUUUAUUAUGGAGGCAAUGUGUUCGGUUUGCCUUUGUGACGGAAGGAAACUGUACUUUAUUGGCGAGACUGGAUUUUACAACUUGUACACGCAAAUUUUGAACGAAAUACCGGUGUACGACGUGUCGCAGAUAUGUGUGCGCGUGUGCUGGGAGUGUAAGAGCCUGCUGCGCCGCUUCCACCAGUUCAAGUGGCAAGUGAAGCGCUCAUACAACUGCCUCGUCAAGUGCUCCGAGCAGCUGAGCCCUCCGCAGCCUUUAAAAUCCCAUCUCCAAAUCCAGCACAUCAUUAACGUGACAUACCCUGAACAUGAGGUGAAGCGGGAACCCUCACCGGAGGACAUGGAGAUCAAGAGCGAGCAUGAGGUGGAACACUGCGAGCCGGAGACGUUUGUGAACAACCUGGAGCGGCCGCGGAGGAAGAGGAAGGGCGAGUGUGAGCAGACUGAAAAAGAAAAGCCAAAAAAGAAACUGAAGAACAGUAAGAAAUCAAAGUUCAAGAAUAAGAUCAAAGUGGAGAAGCGGAAGCGUCGGCUGUCUGACGCGUCGAGCGACGUCAGCGUCGGACGUCAGUCGCUCGCGUCAGACAGAGAGGAGGAGAUCAAAGCGGAGAGCGAUGGGAGGGAUGUUAAAGACGAAAUGACUGUUGAGCCGGUCGCGAAGCCCAACGGCUUGGUGUCGACGCGCAAGCCGGCGAGCAAGGAGGAGCUGCCCGAGAAGCCGCAGUGUGUGGAGUGCGGCAAGAUGUUUAGCUCCAGGAAGACCUACAGAUACCAUCUCAAUGUCCUCCACAAAGGCCAGAACCGGUAUCCGUGUCCGCGCUGCGGGAAAGUGUACCAGUGGAAGUCGAACCUCGGACGGCACAUGCGCAGUCACAAGGCGCGCGACUCGGGCGAGCUGUACUGCGAGACGUGCGACAAACGGUUCGCGUCCGUCGCCACGUACAGACAACACCUGCGCGUGUCGCGACAACAUGUCACCGAGAGCGAGUUCAGUUUCAUGUGCAACGAGUGCGGCAAGAAGUUCGUGAACAAGACUCGACUCCGGGACCACAUCGACUGGGAACACCUCAAGAAGAUCAAGUUCCGAUGCCAGCUCUGCAACAAGCCGUUCAAGUGCCACACGUCUCUGUACGUGCACAUGCAGAACGUGCACCGCAACAAGGAGAAGAAGGACAACCUGUGCCACGUCUGCGGCAAGUCUUACCAGAACGCGGCGAAGCUGAAGUACCACAUAGUGGCGAUGCACACGAGCGAGACUCCGUACCAGUGCACGCAGUGCAGCGCCGCCUUCGGCUGGUACUCCAGCCUCUACCGACACGUCCGCGAGGUGCACUACAAGAUGAAAAUCCAACCGAAGAAAACUAAGAAAGUGAAGAAGAUCGGCAGCGAGAUACUGCCGUCACUCGUGCCGCAACAACUGCUGGGCAUGGAGCCCGGGCCGGCGUAGCGAGAGCGACCGGCGACCAACAGUAUUAUACAGAGAUAACUACCACAAUAAUUUCGUUAAGUGGUAAUAAAUUGCGGCUGCGACUUAUUUUUGGACCAACACAAUUGCAACAAUAAUGAAAUACUGUUUAGUAGUAUACGAACGAGCGUCAGAUCAAUAUGGCGUCAAUACUUCGUAACCGUCAGAAAUGGGAAUUGAAGUUACGUAAGCGUCAGAUACGAUGUCAGUUACCUCGAAGACCUAAUUUGGCAUAAUUCUCGGGGAAUUAAGUAAUGUUAAAAGAAUGAUUAGAAAUAUAUGUCAUCAUUUGCAUCAGCCUGUGUAUAUCCAGUUCCAACAUAAUUGUGUCGACUGAGAGGUAAUCAUGUCUCGUCAGUCGACAUUCUAUUGGACCUUUCUCCUUAUUAUCAGGUGCAGUCGGGUAACUUAAUGCCCUUAUAUAUAAAAAAGUGUGUAAUUAUAUUGUGGUCGAUAUCAGGAUGACCACAUCACGGUAAAAUUACAAAUAGUUGAAAAUUACAAAAUUGAUAUCAGAAUGGCAAUAUUCAUGUCAGUAUAACAGUAUUAACGUCAGAAUCUCAAAUGAAUCGUCAAUGUCAAAAUGAGCAUCAUUGUCAGAGACUUGAAAAAAGGACAUGACCGUCAGAAAUACAUCAGCGUGAGAAUAGACAUAAUCAUCAGAAUGACAAAAAAAUAUUAUUAUGAAUAAAUCAAAAUUACCGUUGUUUUAAUGAUUAUAAAAGCUAUCACUAAAUAUUGUUCAAUAAAUAAGAUCUGAUUACAUAUAUAUAAUUUAAAAAGUGAUUAUUAUAUUAAAUAAAUUGGAUCAUAGGUCUAUUAUCUGGGCUGUAUGUGAAAAAAGAAAUGUUCGGCUCUAUGGUUUACAUGAAAAUGUAUUUUUAUAUGAUUUGUACUUACACCUGAAUAAAAGUAUUGGAAUA